CAAUGUAAUACUAUUUUCAAUAACGGGUAUCUUAUAUCUAUUGAUAAUACCUAAAUUAGUUAAUUUAUUUAACACACAAGAGUUUCAGCUGCAUGUAAAAGAAACGGAUACAAACAGCUAAAAGCUAACCUUGACUGUGUAAAAGGAAUUAAUUUACCAUGCAGCAAUAUAACGUAACUUUUAAAUAUUAAUAACGUACGUAUGAUAACUCCCAAAUUGAUAAUACGAUGGCUACAGGAAAACGAAGAGGCAUGCAUUCAUCAUCCGGUAACUCCGCGAUGUUCGGAUCAUCAACUAAUAAUUUAAGGUCGAGUCGUCUAAAUUUUCGUCCAAAUUCAAGCCAAGAAGACAGAGGCGGAACUCGACCAACAGCUGCUCCAAGCUCCAUAGGUCUCAUACUUGUAACGAUGUUUUUACAUGUUUGUAAAAAAUCUCUACUCUUCGAUACAAGGCUCAAAGUUACUAUAUAUUGUGGUGCGAUAUUUGUAGUAUCACUAAUAGCAGAUUUUAUUGCUAUGCCAAGAACUUAUUUUUCGCGUUCAGAUAAUGCUCUUAAUCAAUAUUUUGUGAAGUGGGGAUGGGGAUGGUUGCUGAGCGUAACUGUUCCAUGGGUUGCAUUAACUGCACAUACAAUUGGCUGUGGUCGUAGAUCAAUUUUAUUAAAACAUCUUGCUAGAUUGGGAUUAGCUACGAUUGCGUGGAUAUUAUGGAUAAAAUUAUUUAAUUAUAUUGAAACUAAUUAUGGUCGAUGUCUUAGUACAAAAGAUAUACAAUUACAGACAAAAGCAAAAUGUCUUCAAUCUGGUAAAUUUUGGAGUGGUUUUGAUAUAUCUGGUCAUACAUUUAUUCUUAUGUACUCAAGCUUAAUUCUAGCAGAAGAAGGUUCUUCAUUGGUUGGAUGGGAGGGUAUAAAGGAUUUAAUUAUGCGCGAAGAACAUUCGCGAAUUACCCCGAAUGAACCUAAUACUGGACCGCUUCGAAAUCUUUCGAAUUCUGAUUUAGAAUUUUUAAAAAAAGCACAUAAAGCACUUACGCCCUAUUUAAGAGGUCUUUUUGUUGCAAUGACGUUACAACAAUUACUUUGGGAUACCAUGUUAAUAUCUACAAUGCUCUAUUAUCAUAUUAUGAUAGAAAAAUUUCUUGGAGGUGUAGCCGCCGUUUUAACAUGGUACAUUACGUAUCAAUGGUGGUAUAAAUCUUCAAAAAGCACAUUGCCUGCACCUGGCGAUGGUUUAUUUAAAUAUAAUGAAGUAAAAACCCACGACAAUAGUUUAAUACGAUCGAGACGUAGUACAUUAAAUGGUACUAAUAGAUUUAUGGGACUUCCUAUUCGUACGAGUCAAGAAAAUAUCGAUAGCGGUAUUAAUAGGCAAUCAGAUUCCGAAAUAACUGUUCUGAGAACAUAACAAAAAUUCUAGUUUUCAUAUUUAAUAAUAGAAUUGAUCAAUAAUUCUAAUACUUACGUAAUUUUUUUACAUGUAUAUAUAUUAAAUAUAAAAAUGUAAUAUCCUGAGAUGAUUAUAUUUAUUUAAAAUAAUUCUAUAAUUAUUCUUUUAAUUCAUGCAACAGUUUAAAAAUCAAUAAAAAUGAAAUGCAGUGCUAAUAAAAUAAUAUUUUAAAUAUCAUAUAUGCAACAUUUUAAUAUAAAUAUUUUGAACUUUAGAUAAAUUGUAUUUAUUAUUAAAUAAUUUUUUUGAAUGAAAAUUAUAUUUUUUUUCUCUUAAUCAAAAUCUAAAUAAGUAUAUAUUAUUCAUUGUGUAAUUUAUUGUUAAUUUAUAUAUAAAAUAUCAAACAAAAUAAUUGUUCUAUCUUUUUAUGGACUGUUCAAUUAAUUAGUAUGUAUGUGUAUAUAAUUACUAUUAUGCACAUUUUGUAAUCUUGUUUUGUAAUUUAUAACUUAAUAAAUUAUUUAACAAAA